ACUGUAACAACAUUUUAGAUCUUUCCCGAAGAAGACGAACAAGAAGAAGAGAGAAAUGAGGCCGAUGCAGCUGGAUAUGUUGUCGGAGAUGGAUGAUGCAGGCUCUUCAAUGGCCAUGGACGUUGAUGACCUCGAAGCCAUGGAGAUUCUCAACGAAGGAGGACUUGUUUCAGAUAACAAGCUCGCCGACGCCGAUUUCUUCAACAAAUUCGAGGAUGAUUUCGAUGACACCGAUAUCAACUAAAUCCGGUUAAUUUCCUCUUUAAGAUUUCAGUUUUUGUCCUAAUCUUUAUUUAAUUUGUGGAGAAACCUAUGUAAUGUGUGUAAGUCCUGGGAUUUUAAUGUUUGUGUUAUGUAACAACUGAUAACAAGUUUCGUUUCGAUUUCAUGUUUUUGGAUCACUAAAACAUUUGAUUUGAGUGUUAUUUUGCUUUGGUAUU